GGGGCUAGGGGCGGGGUGACGGGUGGGGGCGGUGUUGUCGGCGCGGCCCGGAACACGCUAGUGGAGCGGAAGAUGGCGGCAGCAGCGGUCGCUGCAGCCGGGACCCCAGUCGGACUGAGGCGGACGAGCCACAGGCUCUGACCUCGCUCUGGCUCUGGUGCGCGCGGUGGAGCGUGUGCGAGGCCCCGCGCGUCGGGCAGGGGCGGCGGCGGUAACUGCGCGCCGCCCUGAAGAGCGCCCCGGCGGAGGCGCGGCGGCGGCGGCGGCGGCGGCGGCGGCGGUUGCGGCUGAGGAGAGAGCCGGCUCCGGGCCUCCGCGUCCUCCUGCUCCCCGGCCCCCCCGCCUCCUCGGGGGGGCGGCGGCGGCGAUGUUCUCGGUCCUCUCGUACGGGCGGCUGGUGGCCCGCGCCGUGCUGGGCGGCCUCUCGCAAACCGACCCCCGGGCCGGCGGCGGCGGCGGCGGCGACUACGGACUGGUAACGGCCGGCUGCGGCUUCGGCAAGGACUUCCGUAAAGGCCUCCUCAAGAAGGGCGCGUGCUACGGGGACGACGCGUGCUUCGUGGCCCGGCACCGCUCGGCCGACGUUCUCGGGGUUGCAGAUGGUGUAGGAGGAUGGAGAGACUAUGGAGUUGAUCCAUCUCAGUUCUCAGGGACUUUAAUGCGGACGUGUGAACGGUUAGUAAAAGAAGGACGGUUUGUCCCAAGUAAUCCCAUUGGAAUCCUUACCACAAGCUACUGUGAGUUGCUGCAAAAUAAAGUACCUUUGCUUGGUAGCAGUACUGCCUGCAUUGUGGUGCUAGACAGAACUAGCCACCGCUUACACACAGCAAACCUUGGUGAUUCGGGCUUUCUGGUGGUGAGAGGUGGCGAAGUUGUGCAUCGAUCAGAUGAACAGCAGCAUUACUUCAACACUCCAUUCCAGCUCUCAAUUGCACCACCAGAAGCUGAAGGAGUCAUCUUGAGUGACAGCCCGGAUGCUGCUGAUAGCACAUCUUUUGAUGUCCAGUUAGGAGACAUUAUCCUGACAGCAACAGACGGACUCUUUGACAACAUGCCUGAUUAUAUGAUCCUUCAGGAGCUAAAAAAAUUAAAGAACUCAAAUUAUGAGAGUAUACAACAGACAGCAAGAAGCAUUGCUGAGCAAGCUCACGAGCUGGCCUAUGACCCAAAUUAUAUGUCACCUUUUGCACAGUUUGCAUGUGACAACGGAUUGAAUGUGAGAGGUGGAAAGCCAGAUGACAUCACCGUCCUCCUUUCAAUAGUGGCUGAGUAUACAGACUGAUGCACCGAGGUGUCAACUCCUGCCUUUCCUUUCACCAUCCCGGAUUCACCCUGCCAUGUGUGUUGAUCCUGCUGGCAGGACCGCGUUUCUUUGCCACUGAUCUCAGUGGCCAGUGAUGUCAGCCUUUUUGCCUGUUUUUGAGACUGUCAAGAUCUUUGUUGAGAACCACUACUAUCAUUCAUUAGCUCAUGUCUGCAGUAAUGUUUGAAGAAAACCAAGAUUUGAAGAUUUGCCUUCCUUUCUCAUUGUCCUUUCCAUGAUGGAAUAGAGGUUUUAAAAGCCAAAAUGGCUAUUUUCAAAAACAAUUUAAAAUAUUGAAAACAAGUAAUGUUGGUAAAGUGAAUUCAAAAUUUUAUUGUGUAAAAGGGAUUUUAAAAAGUCUAACAUUGUUAUGGUACAUAUACCAGACAUGUGCAUUAUUCAUCAAAAAAAAGUUACAUGUAUACUAUAUAUAGUCUUUGUUAUGAUUGGGUGUGGCUUUGUUUUUAUUAUAAACUCCUAUUUUCAGGAGCUUAUAAUUCUGCUCUAAAACAUUGCUCUGGAUUUUGAAAUCUUGGUUCCAAGAGCAUUUUUGGUACAGAUUGGAAGAAAAAUUCAGUUUAGUUCUGUGGAUGCAAAUUGUGGUUUUUAAAAAAUGCUUAACUGCGAUGGAGAAGGGUUUCAGCAGUUUACUGACUAGUCUAAAUCAUAGACUGAUCUACAGGGGGGGGGACUCCUUACCAGUAUCUUUAAGUGGAAAUAUUAGUCAAGAUUAGAAAACUCAAGGCCUAAAAAUUUAAUGUUACGGCUGAAAUUCCUCCCAUCUGUCUGAUAUGACAACACUAUGUGGGAGCUCCAAGCCCAUAGGCCUAACAGGUUAAGAAUAGACAGCUGUUAACUUUGAGUUUUGAUGGCCAUGCUACUCCUACUCUUACUCUCGGACCUUUUGUUAAUAGCUUUGCUUUCUGUAGAGCAUGCAUCAAAUUCAGGGAGUCGCAUGGAAAAGCACUGUGGGCAGAGGCAGCAGCCCAAGAGGUGACGAGGAAAACUCUGAAUGUGAUCUGAUGUUCACAUUUAACCUACACAGAAAUUUAGGGGGGUUGAAUCAAGCUUAAUGUUUACAGUUUCCAAAUAGCCAUCUGUAGUGUAUAGUUCCGUUAUAAUACUACCCCGCCCCAUUCAGCUUUCCCAUUAUCUGUAAGCUCGAACUUAUUUUUAAGGUUUGUGUACAAGUCAACUGCUGUAAAGAUAUAUAUUUUUGGGUCAGUUUUUUUCCUUCAUUAACUUGGUGGUAGAAAAAAAUAUAUAUAUACUUAGAAAAUCCUUAAAUUAAAGCCAUGUUUUAUAUAUAAGUCAGGUAACAUUGGUGUAUAGCUGAGAAUGCAAUUAAACCUGAUAAGAAUCUACUUGAGGAAACUAUGGAAAGUCUGUUUCUUUAAAGGAGAUACUUAUUCCUUGGUUUAUUGCAUUAAAACUUCUGUUUGAGGUUACCUCAACUUGUUUUAAAACAUUAUGUUUUGUGAAUUUGUACUGUAUAUUUGAGUAACUGUCAAGCUUUGUUUUAUUUAAAAUUGUUUAACAUGUACCAUGUACAUGUCAUUACUAUAUUUCAAUGCAUCAUGCUUGUAACAGGCAUUUCAUUUAUAAUAAGAAUGAGUUCUUCAUUUGUAAGCCGUUCAGUAAUUUAUCUACUAUUCCUAAAUUGGCAUAAUGUUAGCUAUCUAUUUUAAAUCACCUUUAAUCACAUGUCAGAAUGCCUUAACUACCCUAACUUGACAAAACAGAAUUCUUUGGUAAAGGAGAUUGGGGGCAGGGGUGGGGACAUGGUGAGGAGACCGUAUCUAAUAGUGAGAACCCAUUUUGCUGUGAUACGACAGAAAGCCUGGGUGGCAAGUGGCAGGCUUUUAUUUUGCACAAACUAUUUGCAGUCUCUGUUUAAAAAGUAAAGAAAGUUGCAUCCAGAAGAGUUUUGUUGGAAGGAAUAUACUUACUCAUUCUUUUAUUAGGGUUUUUUUAAUAUUUCUGAUCAGAAGUAUGUAUGUAUGUAACCAUAUGAUCUGAGUAUACUUUGUAACAUGUGCGCUCAACCAGGUGCGCCACCACCUGGCCCCAAUCUGGGUAUAUUUUGUAUUAAUUUUCAAAUGCCUCCAUUUAAUUUCUGGUAAGAGCAGUGCUAGUCUAGUUAUUGGCUUUCUCUGCUCUCUAAACCGAUCAGAUACAAUCUUUGUAAAGCUAUAUUGGUGGUGGUUCACAGAACUCAUUUCAUCAACUUAGUCUUUUUUUUUUAAUUUUCUUCUAAGAAUAAUUUUUAGUAAUUGACAAUGUAUCUGUUCCAUUGAUGUUGAAAAUAGUGGAACAAGAAUUGAGUUUUACAGUGAAACUGAUUUGGACCUGGUCUGUAGGUUAGUGACAGAAUAUUCCUGUUUUCUUUCUCCCUGCCCUUCUGGAGCUCCAGCAGAGUGCUGAUGAAGAAGUAACUUUUCACUCUCAGUGGUCAGAGGCUAUAUUGGGCCCAUAUGGAAUUUCCCAGGUCACAGGACCCGAGUUUCUUUGGGGUGUGACUGAGAUAUAACUGUGUGGUGGGUCUAAUUCUGAACUUGUGUUUGGGUUGCAUUUUAAAUCUAGCAGUGUAAAAACACAUUUGCCUCGUGUGAUAAACUUUCAUAACGAGAAAAUGUGGAUUUCCAAUUUACAAAUGGCAAAUGAUCCCUCUCUGGAUGCACCAAAGACCACUAAAGUUUAUAGCUUUUCCAUCUAUAUUUAUAAAGCAAUACUGUAUUAUAAAAUCAAUAUUUUUAUCACAUGCUUGAAACUUUUAUUUUGUUCUCUUUUAAAGUGUGCACUCUAAACAUAUCAGAAUCUUAUUUCUUCCUGUAAACUUAAGCUGCCUGCGCACAAAAAUAAUAUUUACAGAAUGAAGAUGCAAUAGAGUCCAUAGGCUCUUAAAAACUGAAAGAAGAAAUGAGGGAAGGGAAACAAGUUAUUUGUCUGGAAUUACUGUACUGGCUUGACAUGGUUGAUGGGUACUAAGUCAUAAGAGAAUCCAUUCCAGGUGUGCAUGUCUGGGGGUUGGGCUGUGUCUAGGUUAGAAACUAAAUUUUAAGCUUUGCGUGAUAGGAGAAUGAUCUCUCCUGUCUGUUGUAUUUGUUCUGGGUAGAACAGUAGCCUUCAUUACUGUUAGUACCACCAACCUACCACAUCAAGUAAUAAGGCAGGAAUUAUGGGAAUUCACUGAGUCACUUGUGAGUUUUGGAGAUUGUUAAAAUAUUGGGUAGGACUGUAAAUGUUCUUUUGAAUAAGUUCAUGGUUCCUUGUCACCUUACAACAGCUAUCUUUGGUAGAAGCUACAGCAUUUAAUUUCCCUGAAACUGGCAUUUUACAUUUAAUAAACUAGUAUCAAAACCAAAAUGUGCUUUUAAAACUGAAAAUAUGAAGCAGAAGACAUUUGGAUUACAUUUGCUUAAAAUAAACUCUUUGCAAAGUUGAACUUGUUAAUAAAAAGUCAACAGUGGAUCAAAUCUUUAACUGUUAGCAAGUAGUUUAUGGCAAAGAUGGCUAGAUGAUGAAAUGAAUAUGAAUUUGUGUAUACUAAUGAGCUAUAUUUUUUCUGUUGAGACUAUCAUUAUUUGUCUUACCCAAGAGGGAAUGACCUGAAUUGGAUGUCUGGAUAUAACUUAUGCAGGAAUAGUUCUGUAAAUACAUUUAAAUAAACUGUAAAAAUAUUUAAUAAAUAUAGUAUUUAUACUAA